AUGGCCACGAAGAAGCGGUCUUCAACUAUGGCAAGGAAAAUUAAAGUGAAAAAGGAAGUCCUGGGUGUGAUACCGUCUUUGAAGAUGGGUGAUUCUAUCGUGACAAUUCCCCGGCUGAUCAAAAAGGGACGUCUCGGUAGUAUUGUCGUUAAGCAUGAAGAUAAUAAAAGUCCUGUUCGUUCGCGCACUAUGGAGGAAUUUGAACACUUUCAAAUUCGCAGCAUGAAGUUGUUGGCUGGGUUCACGAAAGUUGCAGAAAAGGAUCAUUGGGAAAUCCCUGCACCAGAGAUGAAGCGAAAGCCUAGGCUUAAGUAUAGGCCAAGCAACGGAACAGUUUUAAAUAUUCGGAAUUUGGACUUUACCAUUCCUUUGGAAGAUCAGAUGGAGCUUGAAGAUGUCUACUUUUUGCACCAUGCGAUUACUUACUCGAAGAAGAUGGUUAUGGUGAUAGGUGCCGGAGUUUCUGUUGAAUCUGGUAUUCCAGAUUUCCGAUCCUCGGGAGGAUUGUUUCAAGGCUUUGCCACCAAGUCUAACGGAUCUGGCAAGAAUUUGUUUGACUACAACGUUUUCAGAUCCAGUGAUUCGAUACUGAAAUUUGAAAAUAUGAUUCAGCGAUUAUACACAAUGUCUAUCAAGUGCGAGCCCUCGAUGUUUCAUCACAUGAUUGAUCAAGUUUCUGCACAGGGAAGACUUCUUAGAUUGUACACUCAAAAUAUUGAUGGUUUGGACGUUCAACUUCCUCACUUGAAGACGAAAGUUCCCCUGACUUUCAAGAAGCCAUUUCCUAUAAGCGUACAACUUCAUGGUAAUGUUAAACUGCUGAGUUGCUCAAUGUGUAAAUACAUUGUUCCAAUCGACGAGAGCUAUUUCGAAAAGCCUCCAAAUGUCGAUGGUCGGAGACUGAUUGUGAGAUGUCCGGAGUGUCAAGAGAUGAACAACAUUAGAGAGAUUGCUGGUAAGAGGCUGCAGAGUGAAGGUGUUUUAAGGCCUAGAAUCGUUCUAUACAACGAGUUCCAUCCCGACGGUGAAGUUAUAGGUAAUAUCACCGAGUCCGACCUUAGAGCAAGACCGGACUGUCUUAUUGUUACAGGUACCACGUUAAAGAUUCCGGGAGUGAGAAGACUUGUUAAAGAGAUGGCUAGAGUGGUUCAUUCUAACAGUGGAUACGUGAUAUGGAUGAAUUUGGAUGAACCUACACAAGGCAUAGUGGACUAUGUGGAAUAUUUCGAUUUAAUCAUCGUUGGUAACUGCCAGUUAAUUCCCGGUUUGGUCAAAUUAUAUGACUACGUGUAUAAGCCAGAGAAGAAGAAACCGAGAAAGAAAGCUACUGUUACCACUGUUAAGUCUCGCAAAAGGCAAGAGCAUGAAGUUUAG